UCAAUUACAAAGAAUUUGUCGGAACAGUUGAAAUUUUCGUGAUGGAUGUUGACACAAUAAACGAAGAUUCAAGCGGUAACUCAGCUACUGGAAAUAUAAUGUGCAAUUCAGAAAUCGAUAAUGAUUCGUUUUCUUCUUUUCCAUCUGGCAUAACUGAUAUCGGUCGUCAGUUUGCUUGUCCGAGUGAGGUGCAUAGUCUACCGGUUAGUAUGGAUAUAGGUCUUGGUCUGUCAAGAGAUUCUACUACCGGUAACUCGAGAGACAGUUGUGAAAGGCCUAGCGUGAGUUACGAAAACAAUCAAGAGCAGCGGUUAAGUCCAGCUUUACCUUGUUUUGAAGAAGAUACCCAAAGCUCUUGGAAUUUCGUCAAUCCACAAACACCUAUUUUAAAGGAAAAUGAACCAAGUACUUCGCUUGCUUUAGAUGAAGAUUCUCGAAAUAGCCUGAGUGCUCAGAUUAGCCUAGGAGCAAACAAAAAGGAAUUAUAUGACGAUGAUUCUGUUUCUGGCUUGGAAGAAAGUGUAUUUCCUGUAGAGAACUUGUUUGAAUAUCAGUGGCCGCCUGAGAAAGGUGAGUUUUAUAUGCUGCAGGAGCAGAUUAGUGAGUUCUUGGGAGUAAAAUCUUUUAAAAGAAAAUACCCUGAACUAGCUCGCCGUACUGUAGACAUGGAUGAAAGGCAAUUUCUGAAAGAUCGGGGUAUCGUUUCUGAGACACAGUGUGAUCUGGGUUUGACUGCUUUAAGAUCUGAUGAUGUAAUAGAACUCAUGAGUAAAGAUUAUCCAACCAAGUAUCAGGACUAUGUUAGAGUUCUACAAGAUAAAGAAAGACAGAAUAUUAGCGAUAAACAUAAGGAAUAUGCUACAGCAACCAUAGAGAAGAGCAAAAUGGCGGAUUUCAUUAAAAAAGCUGUGCAUUCGGCAGCCGAAUAUAAUGCACACUUAAAUCUAGAACGCAGGGAGGAACGUCGUGCAUGCUUUGAUCUUCAAACGUUUACCAUUCAUUAUCCACAAAAUAAGAUCAAAAAAUUGCCCAAAGAAGCAACAAAGCCAGGCAAAUAUCCAGUUGCUUUGAUCCCUGGACAAUAUCAAGAUUAUUAUCGUACAUACUCGGCUCAAGAGCUGAAUUAUUUGCCCAUAAACACAGUUCUUUAUGGGCCAGUGCAGGAGCUGGGAACUGUAUUUGCUCAGAUAGGAUCAGAUGGCAGUCAGUCUGACUCUGAAGACAGUUCAGGAUCGGAAGGAUCCUGUUGUAGCAGUCAAGGAACCCACGAGGAAGGAAGCGUAGACAGUACCUCAGGUUCGGAACCACAAAAUCGCACUAAAGCUGGAGCAGAUGGAGCUGCCACUAGUCGAUAUCAACCCAAGAUUAAGCCAAAUGCAGUGUGCAAGGUAUGUCAAGGUAAAAAGGACAAAAAUCAGAAAGGUGUUCCAGAAGAACUAGUUCACUGCUCACAGUGCAACAACAGUGGACAUCCUUCAUGUUUAGAACUGACUCCAGAAAUUGUAAAUGUGAUAAAAACCUAUCCAUGGCAAUGUAUGGAGUGCAAGAUGUGUAAUAUCUGUCAAGAUCCAAACGAUGAAGACAAAAUGAUGUUUUGUGAUAAGUGUGAUCGUGGCUAUCACACUUUUUGUGUUGGACUCAAGAGCCUACCAAGUGGUCGUUGGGUUUGCCGUCUCUGUGCAAAAUGUUCCGCUUGUGGUGCUCGCACACCUGGUCCAGAGGGUUCCAAAAUUCAGUGGCAACAUGAAUUUGUAAAAGUACCGGGGCCCAAUGGUGAACCAAUGCGUUCCCAUCAAGUUUUUUGUUUGUCUUGCUUCAGACAGCGCAGACGCUAAUAAGUGUGUAUGUUAAUUUUUGUUUGUGAACAUUUGGUUCAUGUGAUGUAUAUGAUAAUAAGUGUUCUAGUAUUUCAUUAAAAUGUUGUAACAAA